ACCCCAACUGCUAGAAUGCGGAGGGGGAGACGCUUGUGUAAAUGUGAGUGUAUCUUAAAUGUUUUAUUGACACAAGUAUCUCUUUUUUUAGCCAAACUCUUAAUUGGUGCAGCCCUCGGCUUGGGCGGUGCUACCAUUGGGGUCCCAGUGGCACUCGGGGCCCUGGGCUUCACUGCCGCGGGGAUUGCGGCGGGAUCGGUGGCUGCUGGAAUGAUGUCGAGCACGGCCAUUGCCAGUGGUGGAGGAGUUGCUGCUGGUAGCCUUGUGGCCGUUGGGCAGUCCAUUGGUGUUGUCGGACUGUCGGCGGCAGCCAAGGCAGCCGCCACAACGGGUGGAGCCCUGCUGGCUGCCAUAUUGUUUUAACAAAAAAAUGCUAGACCUGUCCAUCAAGAGAAAGAUGCUACGCCAUGAGACAGGACAACCAGCUUGAAGCAAUGCUCGAUUUUCCUCUUUGAUAAUCGCAACUGCACUUGACUCACUUGGGUCUCUUCUUCCUGUAUUUUCCUGCUGCUGUGUAUAAAAUAAUACUGAAUUGAUAAAGCUUUGGCAAGAUCAA